AUGUGCACUGGCUGCAACACCUGCUGCCUGACAAACACCUGGACCCUUGGCGACUGGGCGAGCGGCCGGAAGCUAGGCCUAGUAGGGGGCUCCUACCCGCCUCCCGGUAGCCGCGCCUCACCCCCUGCCAGUCGAGAGAGACGACUGGCGGGUGGGCGACCCUGGGGCAGGCGACCAGCAGCGGAGGCCCCAGAGGCAGGCGGGGUGAAUGAGACCGUGGGGACGCCGAGGACUGCAGGGUCGACGGAGGCGGCAAGAGACCCAGAGGUCGUGUGGGUAAACGGGGCGGUGGGGGAACCCCAGGUGAUAGGGCCCACGGGGUCCGUGUGGGUGACUCGCAGCGGGGAUGAGGCGGGGACAGAGGGCACGAGCCCGCGGGGCUGCGAGAGGAAAGGUCGCCCUGGCUCUCUGGGCCACGGGAGCAUUCUGGAACUGUGGUUGAAGGUGCAGGCUAUGAGGGCCGCCUCGGGAUGUGGGGAAGAAGGCAGAGUGGAGCUCCUUCCCGUGCCUGCGGGGGAGGGACCCCUUGAAAAGGGUGCCCCUGGCCGGCCUUCGUGGGUGGAGACGAGUCGCGGUGGUCUCACAGGACCGUGGGUGCUAGGCCAGGCCAGGGCAGACCUUGGGGCCACAGGAGUACCUCCAGCGAAGGGGUUAGUGGCAGGCAGUGAGAGGGCAUCGGGUCGAGCCGUAAGGGUGCCUGGUGCUAUUGGCUGGACUGCCGGGGUUGUCUCCUGCAUGAGGGGACCCUCGGUGGGAGAGGAGAUGGGCAGUGGAGUUGCCCGAGGCUCUUGGGAAACAGGGCAGAGUAAGGGAGCAUUGGGGGCCGCGGCCUGGUCCGAAGCCGCAGGCGUUCCCAGAACUGUGGAAGAAGACAUGGGUUACCGGGGUGCCCCGCGUCCAGGUCGGUGGGGUAGAGGGCAGGCCCCACAGAUGCCUGGUCCUCUGGGAGGAGAGCCUGCUUGCAGCCAUACCCCUGGCUGGUGGGGGAGGGGAGAGGCUAUGGAGGUGCCUGUUUUGGGCGAGGAGACUAGACCGCAGGCCCCCGGCAUGUGGCAGAGGAGACCAGAUGUGGAGCAUAUAGGCUCUGCGGGGCUCCCUGGCCUGUGGGGCACAGGACACCUUAUAAGGGUGCCUUUUGCUGUUGAAGAGGAAGCCAGAUAUGGGGGUGACCCAGUGUUCCAGGAAAGGGGACAAGCUGUGGGGGUAGAGCCUGGCUCCAGAGGUGACCCAGGGUCACAGAGAGCGCCUCAGAUUGUAGGGGUACCUGGUCCCCAUGAGGAAGAGGCAGGUUCUGGGGGUGCCCCAGGCUUGUGGGGAAUAGGACAGGCUAUGGAAGUACCCAAGACUUGGGGGGAGGAAUCAGUCUGUGGGAGGAUCCACAGCCGAUGGGGAUCUGACCAGCCAGUGGUGGUCCCGCGGGCCACAGAUGAAGAGACAGGCCAUGGUGGUACCCCAGGCCUGUGGACUAGGCAGCAGGUUCUUGGGGUACUUCCAGCUGAGAGGGUUCCUGGAGUAGUUGGGGAGGAGGCUUGCUGUGGGAGGGUUCUGAGCCACUGGGAAAGGGGGCAAGCGGAGGUGGAGCCACAGGCUCGGGGUCCUGCUGCUUUAGAGGUGCCUGGGCCUGCGGGCCACGAUACUGGCUGUGGGGAGGUUUCCUGUCCAUGCAGGUGGAGACAGGCCAUGGGGCUGUCUGAGGUGGUGGGCCUGCCCGAGGCAGCGGGUGUGCCCAAGCACAGGUGUAUUCCACUCGGGGUCCCCACAGCUGCGGAUGUGCCCGGGUCUGAGAGGGUGGCUGCUGGCAGGUGGGUGUCGGGCUCUCUGGGGCAGGAGUUUAGCCCUAGAGAUGUCUCAACCCUGUGGGAAAGGCUUCGUGCAACUCGAAUGCCCUUGGCUUCCACGAUGCCCCGGGCUGCUGAGGAGCUGUGGUCUGUCAGAGAAGAUACUGGUUCCGGCACUUUCCCAGGAUCAUGGGAAAGGAGGCAGGCUGUUGGGGUUCCCCUGGCUACCAGGGUUCCUGUGGAUUCAGAGGAACCUAGGCCUCUAGGGGAUGAGCCUGGCUCUGGGGGUGUCCCAAGAUGGUGGGGUAGGAGGCAGGAUGCCAGGGUUCCUAUGGCUGCGGAAGUGCCCACCCCUUAUAGAGUACCUGGUCCUUCGGGCAUGGAGUCUGGCUGUGGAGGGCUCUCAUGCUUGUUGGGAAGGAGCCUCACUGCCCAGGCCCCUGUGGCGGGCGGGAUGCCCCUGGUGCCCCAAUGGCCCAGGCUUGUGCGGGAGGAGACUGCCUCUGGGCAGGAGGGAGUGGUGUGGAGAAGGAGGGAGACUGUGGAAGUACCUGCAGAUGCCAGGUGUCCUGACACCAGGCUGCCCACAUCUGUCAGGGUGCCUGACUCCAUGGGAGAAAGGUCUGGCUCGGCGGGGUUCUCAGGUUUAUCAGGAGGGAUACUGACUGCAGGGGAUCCUGUGGCUUUGGGAUUGCCUGGGCUUGGCGGGGAGGAGACACAUUCUGGGGAACCCUUGUGCUUGGGAAGAAGACAGAUGGCUGGGGUACCUGGGACUGCUAGGGUUCCCUUGGCUGUUGGAGCACCCAUGGCUCCUGGGGUCCCUGGGUCUCUGACGAGGGAUGCCGGCUCCCCUGACGAUUCAGGCAUUUGGGGGAGGAGACGGGUUACUGAAGGGCCCGUUGCUCUCAGUGUCCCUGGCCCUGUGGAAAGGGAGACUGGUUCUGAAGGCUUCGCAGGCCUGUGGAGGAGACCGUCUAGAACAGCUCCUGAGGUGGUUCAGGGGCCUCAGGCUCUGGGGGUGCUUGCAGCUGUGGGGUUACCGAUGCCUGGGCGGGCACCUGCUGCAGUCUGGGUGACAGGCUCCAUGGGAGAAGAAAUGGAUGAAGGUACCUUGAGCUUGGCUGCCAUGAGUAGAGAAUCCACAGUAGGGCGUGAGGCUUCUGGGCAGGAGACAAGGAGUGGCAGCUUCUUGGGGCUGACGGAGCAGAGGCGAACUCAGGGGGCCUUACCCACAUGUGGGGCUGGGUCCGGGUUACGGGGCUGUACCCGGCCAGUGGGAGAAGAAACGGUCUGUGGUCAUGUUUCAGGAGUGUUAGGAGCAAGAAUGACUCGGGAGGUGCCCGAAGUGUUGGGGAUGCCUCUCGUUCCAAGGGAGGGAACGGGCUUUGGCCUUCUCAGGGGCCACCCUCAGCAGCAGGGGAGGAGACGGGCCGCAGGGCUCCUUGGAGCCAGAGUGAGGGGAGACCGUUUGGAAGAAAAUGAUUUGGAGGAGGACAGACUGAGAGAGGCGUCUCAGUAGUUUGUGUAGGGAGCAGGUUUAGGGCUGGGUCUUGGGGCUCUGUGGGAGGGAACAGUUUGGGGGGAGGCUUGACCUGGGUUGUGGCUAAAGGCGUAGGCAGUGGUGUCUGAACAGAGGAGGGAGACUUCAAAGUGGGAGACGUUGGGAGGGUUCCUGGAACAACAGGGAAGGGACAGGCUGUGAGGUGAGGGGUGUCCCAAGACUUUGUAUAGGGGGACAGCCAAGGGUGUCCCUGGACAUUGUGAAUCUGUGUGUUGUAUUGUGUGUGUGUGUGUGUGUGUGUGUGUGACUUGAGGCAUUCCUGGAGCUGCGGAUCAUAGUCUUUUCCCAGUGGAGAAAGGAUUCUGAGGCCUUAGGUGCAUGGACUCAGCUGAGGGGAUGUGUUUAUCACCUCGAGGAUGCAGACACCCUGUCCUGGCCGCGCUCCUGCAAAUUGCAGCGCCCGGCCUGGGACGGCGCCAAGCCAUUCGGAACCGCCUCCUUCCUGUGCCGCCACCUGUGCCGUCUGCUGUGCUUGUGUCUCAACAGCCUUAGAAAUACGGACUUUUGGACAGCUGCCUCGACUCCUGCAGACGUGUUGGUCUUUAAGCAAAUCUAGUCGUCAAACCUUGGAUUUUUUCAAAAGCUUCAUUUAGAGAUUUGUAGGAUUUUUGUUUUGUUUUUAGCCUUUCCCAAAUGACUUGGUAUAGGAUUCCGUGAGAGAACACAUUUCCCAGUGCACUUAAAAGGAGUCAGUUGACAGAGAUUCAGCAUAGCCCAACAUGUGUUUGCCUACCAUGCUCAAAGCACUGUGUUGUGGGAACUAGAAGAGCAAGACAAGGCCCUUCCCCUCGAGGAACCUUGUCUAGCUGGGAAGAUGAGCCCUAUGCCUGUGAAAUAGGCGAUGGUUUCAGGGGCAGUCUGUUGGCUGGUGACUAGGAUUCCACUCUUGUUCUACACCAUCCAACACGAUGGGACCAG